AUGCUGCCACAGGCGAGUUUCCGCGGUUUCGGGGACUUCCCAAAUCAUUUUGCGUCCCGCCGCUGCAAAAUAUCUUCAGUGAUUCUUUACUUUUUGACUCUCGUACAUCAAGGUGAGCCCCAGGAACUCCCGGGAGCCUCCGGGGAUCCGACGACACAGCUGAUUGUUCUACCACCUGCAGCGCUCACUGAGGCCAUCCCGCCCCCCUUGCCUAUUCUGUCUCCCGUAGCUCGUUCUGUAGACUCAACAGGGCUGCAAACCGAUUUUGCAGAGGCCGCAACAGUGCAGACCGAAGGAAAUUUAGAGCCCGAAGCCUCCCCCCUCACCGUGCAAAAUGACGCAUUGGCAUCGACUGCUUCUUCUGCUGAAACACCACCGCCCACCGCUCCCGAGAAGACCCAGCAGGCAGUGCCACUGGCUCCGCAGGCGCAGAGUCAGGAGGAAGUUUCUUCCGAGUUCGUCCCUAUGACCAUAAGCAUUGUUGUAGGAGCGGGGGAGAGAGUGAGGGAUUGCACGGGGGAAAUCCCAUCUCAGAGUUUCCUAAUGAGCGUCGCACGGCGGUUCCAGCAGCUCCAAUUGCUGCCUCUGCUGGUAGCCUUCGGGCAGCAGAGCAUGCGCCUGGUCACGAGCCAUAUUCGCGCGGCGCUCCCCCAGGUGCAGCAGCCCGUGGGGCCUCGUACUCUGCAGCCGGAGUCUCUGCUGCUUUCUCGCGACCCCACCACCACGCCGAUGCUUAUGGAAGUCGCUUCCCGUGUGCCCAUGGUGCCGCGGCUCGUGUGGGAAGGCGGACGUCUGAGCACGCGCAGCGCCUCCCUGCAGUCCAUGCCCCUCUGGCCAAACAAUCCCAGCUUUGGCAGUCAAGGCCUCCCUCAGCGCUCCGUGUUGUUUGAUCAGCAACCCCUCAUGGGGACGUGGAUGCGGGUGCUCGACGCGCAAAGGCAGAGAUUCCUGAUUUCGCAGGAUCCCAUUGAUGCGUUGCAAGCUCCAGAGAGUUCCAGUGGCGGCCCCCCAGGGGCAACACCGCAGCUUCAGGGUUCCUUCAUAUGGGGAAUCUUGCAGACGCUUGAAGGCAUCCCCUCACGCGUGAAUCUUGGCGACAUGGCGUGCGCCGCUCUGCCCACAUCGGCCUUCAACAGGAGGCUCUCAUGUUGGCUGCUGGGAGCCUUCACAGAGCGCAUCCUCUGCCGUACCGCCUGGUUCGACCCUUGUCAAGCUAUCAGCGAAGGCGCUUCGUACGGCAAGCCCCUCCUUUCUCCCGUCGUGCUGCCUCCCGACGGCCUCGAGACGCUGGCGCUCCCCCUCAAGCCGCUGCUUCGAGGCUCCCAUGGCAUCCCCAGAAAAAUCCCAAAGGAUGUCAGCCGAUCAGAGGGUCGCACCUACCAGCUGCUCUGGCAGGCGCUCACUCGCCUCGACGACAUUUGGUCCCUUGCGUACUGUGAUCGAGACGUCUUCGCGGAGGCUGCUGGCGUUGCCCCCGCAGAGGAUGCUGCUGCGGCAGAUGCGUCGGAGCGAAGGAGCUCCAACACAGACGGGGAAGGCAGACAGCAGCAGCGGACUGCCGAGGGAGACCUCUCUUCCGAAGGUGCACAGGUGUCUCUCGAGCAGCAGCAGCAGCUGCUGCCCCAACGCACAGCGGAGCCUUCCCACGAAAUUGAUGCUCGUCGACGGCUGCAGCAGCAAGAUGCGCUUGCGUCUGAGGCGCAAGCGGCAAGCGCGUCUGACGCGGCUUCUACGGCGGAAAUCCGUCGGCCUGCGCCGUCUUCAGCUGCAGAGACAUCGGAGGUUGAAGCCGCACGUGAGACGGCUACAAUGAACCACGAAACGUCAGCGGUUGGCGGUCAUGGGGAUGCGUCUCCGGGGGAAAAGGCGGCACUUCAAUCUCCGGGGGGAGGGGCGUUCGCAUCGGUGCCAGGUGAUGGCGUCGAAAAGCCUUCAGCAGGCUCUUCGGAGAGCCUUCCAACGGAUCCCUCGGAGGGAGCAAACAGAACUGAAGGCGAUCAUGGCCACAGAGGUUCCCAGAAGCCUCAAGUGAUUGCAGAGGAGGUUCCCCCACCGUUGCGGGGGUAUGACUUGUUGCCUGGAUGGCGCACAGAGCUGAUCUUGAAGGCUCUCUCCCCUGGAGUUGGGACGAGGACGAACGUGUUGGCAGUGGUAGGUCGUUGCGGGACGGAGGUUUUAGUUGCCUUUCGGGGCACAAAGACGCAAGUUGAGUGGAUACUGAAUGGUCAGGCGGAGCACGCCUUUAACUGGCUAGAGGAGGGGGAGGGGAGAACGGCUGCGGGGUUCUCUCACAUCUUUAGCGCCGCGUGGCCGGCCCUGCAAGUGUAUCUGGCGUCUUUAGACAAGCCAGGGAGCCGCGUCAGUCGAAUUCUGGUGUCUGGAUAUUCUCUAGGCGGAGCGGUGGCGGCCCUUAUGGCGUAUGGCAUUGCACUGAACUUUCCUGCAAAGGUAGAUGCAGUGCUUUUCGGCUCUCCCCGAACCGGCGAUACUGCGUUUGCUGCCGCAUGGGCUAAACGAGUCAACGGUCGCAACAUCAGCUUCUCGUUGGACCCUAUUCCUCGAACGCCGUGCACCGAGAUGCCAGCCUGCGACAAGCCGGGAGCCAGGGGGCCAAUAGCCCUCCCCAGCAACUUCCUCCGUUGGACUACUCACUCCUCCAGACCAAAUGGGGGGAGUGGAAAGCUCGAAGGUUCUCGAAUAACCAACGAUUACAGCGACCUAUACGGCCUCGUCCCUUUUGGCCCUGAGGAGCUCGGGGGAAGCGCACGCAGCCGAGUCAACCCCAUUUAUGUCAGCUACAACCACAUUUGUUCGUAUCCCUGUUGGCUCGCCACCAACUUCAACCCCCGCGACAGACGCACUCUCUGCGAAAUGCCGAAUUUCGCCAACCAGUGGAGUCCGGGCCUGUCGCCAGACACCUGCCCUGCGUUGCUGUCGUAA